AGAUAACGCCACAUAACAUAGCCUAUAAUUUAUGCAGCUCACUCUUAACUAUUUUUUAAUCAAACGGGGGUGUUUUAUUACUUUAUUCUACAAAAUUGGCUUCACUUUACGCUAAAUAUAUUCACUUAAAAUUUGCAAUUUGUAACCUUCAUCAUGUCUGAGUUGAUAAGCACUUUGGUUGACAUGGGUUUCAGCGAAGCUAAAGCUAAACUAGCUAUAGAAAAAACGGGUAGUACAGAUAUACAAGAAGUAAUGGAGUGGAUAUUAAGUAAUAAAGAGGAACCUGAUGACCAUCGAGAAACUCCCGAAGCUGGUGAGGUUCCUGAUUCAAUUUCAACACAAGAAAUUGUAAAAAAGGAAGAGGAAGAAGAGCAGGUUCAAGCGGCGAAAUCAAUUAAAUGUGAAGAAUGUGGGAAACUAUUUAAAACUCAAGAAGAAGUUGAGUUCCAUGCUGUUAAAUUUGGCCAUGGAAAAUUUAGUGAAUCUAUGGAUGAAAAGAAACCGUUAUCUGAAGAAGAGAAAAAGGAGCAAUUAGCUCGUAUUGAAGCAAAGCUAAAACAACGUAGGUUAGAACGUGAAGCGAGAGAAAAACAAGAAGAAUUAGAAAGAGAAAAGAAUCGAAUUCGAUCUGGUAAAGAAAUGUUGGAGGCAAAAAAGCGACAUGAAGAAAUGGAAAUUAAAAAGAUUGUGGAACAACGUAAAAAAGAGAAGGAAGAGGAACGUUUAGCAAAACAGAGAAUAAGAGAACAAAUUGAGCAAGAUAAAUUGGCUAGGAAAGCUAAAUUUGGGGGACAAGUUGAGACUCCUGCUGUAAUACCUCAAACCCAGCCAAUUACUCAAGCCACACCAACUCAACAAAAUUACACAGAUGUUCGAUUACAAAUUCGAUUAACAAAUGGGGGCACUUUAACACAAACUUUUAAAGCCACUGAACCUCUACAAGCUGUUAGGUUAUACAUUGAACUGAAUCGUACUGAUACUACCGGGCCCUUUUCAUUAAUGACUAAUUACCCAAGGAAGAUUUUUGAAGCGGAAGAUUAUGAAAAACCUUUAAGCUUAUUGGGUUUAGCACCGUCCGCUGUUAUUAUAGUAUCCAAAGUUCAAUAAUUAGUCAUUGGGGAAAAUUAAGAAAUUUCGUCCUUAAUUAAAAAAAUUGUUUUUUUACGCAUAUUUAUAUAAAAAAAAUAUAAGACAACUUUACUAAAAGUGCUUAUAACUAUACAUGUUUGUAAUUUUGACGCAUUUAGAAGAUAUGGAAAUAUAAAUAACUUACUAAAAUAAA